UCUCUCUCCCCCUUUACUUUUAAAGCUAAAGCAAAGAACUCAAUUCUCCCACCAAACCAAUCGUCAAAUAUACCAUAUCUUCCACAUCCCAAACUCACUAACUCUCCAACCAUGGAAGGCUCUGAAAUGCCUAACCAAAGUUCUGGCUCCAUCGUCGACACCUCCCGCCCCUUCCGCUCCGUCAAAGAAGCUGUUGCCGUGUUCGGCGAACGUCUUCUAGUCGGAGAUGCAUACUCAUCGUUGCCGAAACCAUCUGCUGAUGUCCCAUUGCCUGAACUAGGCACAUGGGAGUCUUUACCAAGCUCUACAACAACAGCAAAAGAAGAGAAAGAACAUGUUUUGGAUAGCUUGAAGAAACUUGAGGCAGAGCUGGAAGAAACUAAGGAAGAGUUGAGGUUACUGAAGGAGAAGGAAGAAGAUACAGAAGUGGCAUUGGCAUCACUGAAUGCAGAGCUGCAUAAGAACAUGUCGAAGUUGGCUGAGGCUGAGGCGGCGGCGGCAGCAAAAGCUGUGGCGACGAGAAGAAUUGCAAUGGGAUGUGAGAGUGAAAGGAAAGAAGAAGAAAUGAAGAGGUCAGAGUUUAAGAUGAUGAGAAUGGAGGAGACAGAGUCACCCACAUUGGCUCAGAUAUUGAGCUUUGGAGACAAAAUAGGGUAUUUUGGAGGCAAAAAGGAAAAGAAAAAGAUAAAGAAAAAACCAAUUAUUCCGUUGGUGGGAGAUUUGUUGUUCAUAUUCAGGAAAAAAGGGUCUCCUGAGAAUGCUCUUCCUUCAUCUUUCAAUUCCUUCAAUUAAAAACCUUUUAUUUGCCUUCUUCCUUUCUUCCCACUUGGAUGUUUCUGUAUCCAGUUGUGUCUACGUUGUGGAUUGUAAUUUAGUAAUAUAUGUUUGGGAAUGGUUUUGAAA